AUGUCAAAUAUCCGAGGUCACGCCCGCGUCAUGUCCCGCCGUCUUGUCGACCUCGGACGCCAGAUCAUCGAUCGAGCUGCGGGACUGACUGAGUCGGAGUCGAGGUCUUUCGACAACAAGCAGAAGAUCCUCUUCUCCGGCCUUCGAUCAAGUCCUACCAACACUGACCCUCUAGUCCCCGUACUCGGUCUCUGGGAGAAUGAUCCUGAAGCACUCAAUUCGGGAAGAGUGGGGGCGUUCGGCGACUCAAGCUGCCUGGAUUCGUCCAGCAGUGCGAAAAAUAACUGCUUCUGGUUGGUGCAAAGUCUACUCGAAUUUGGGACAAGUGGACGUGUUGCUGAACCGUUGGCCUCGGCCCUGGAACCGGCUUCGAAGGCGUUUGGAUCUGAGCCAGUCGAAUUGCCAAAACCCAUGGAAGGGCACCCAGUUGCUGUUGCUUCCCAACUGGCUGUCACUACAACGACAGUCAGAUGCACUGAAAGCACCGAAGUGGGCUGUGCAUUGCUUCCGGUCAUUUGCGCUUCGGUCGUCUUUGAAGCUCCUCUGGCACCCUUUGGCGGAAUUAGAGAAAAAGGCGUCUCGAUGGCCUUUGAAGAUUAA